UGAAAUUUCAGGGUCCGAGACUUCUUUCGCCAAAGAGGCUAUGUGGCCAAUAGUGAGUGUAGGAAAAUCACUUUGGAUGUGAAUAAAGUGGGAAUCCCGAUGCACCAUCGAGUAAAUGCCUCGAAAAUAAUCAACGGCCAUGCUCCCGAGUGUACUUUGGUCCUGACACCAAUUCCCAUUGAUAUCCAAGAGACCCACAAUUUUAUUUUUUCAAAUUUCGUGUUCCUAUCGCAAACAAAGACCAGUCAUUGAGAUUUCUGAAUCUCUUCUUGUCACGUUUUACCCACAAUUUUAUUUUUUAUUUUUUUCCUAACAAUAACUUUUUCCAUUUUCUAAUUUCUAUUUACGGCAAAAAAGAAAAAAAAAAAAAUACUGUGAAAACUGAAAAUUUCAUACCCAUUAGCAAAUCUUUGCUUGGCCGCCUACACACACAGUAGAACUACCAACUGGUCCCUGGUGGAAAGCAAAGGACCAGAGGCUUUAGCUUUGAAGCACACUAAUGGUGGAAGCAAGCGAGAUGGUGCUUGUAGAACACGCGCUCGAGACGGUGCUGAGGGUCGCACAGAGGCUGCCGCCUGUGAAGGUUCCCCUCCAUGCGGCGUUGGGCAGAAUAUUGGCUCAAGACGUCGCUGCACCCGACCCGCACCCGCCAUACCCUGCAUCUAUCAAGGAUGGAUAUGCUGUAAUUGCUUCGGAUGGUCCUGGAGAGUAUCCCGUAAUAACCGAGUCAAGAGCAGGAGAUGACGCUAUUGAUGUCACUGUGACUCCUGGAACUAUCGCAUAUGUGACAACUGGUGGACCUAUACCCAAAGGCGCUGAUGCUGUAGUGCAAGUGGAGGACACUGUGCUACUAGAGAGUGCAGCUGGUGCUCCAAAACGAGUAAGGGUAUUGAAGCAAGUCGCACAAGGACUCGAUAUUAGACCAGUGGGGUGUGAUAUUGCUAAGGGUGAUUUGGUAUUGAAAUCUGGAGAACGUUUAGGUGCUGCAGAAGUUGGCUUACUCGCCACAGUAGGUGUAACAGCUGUGAAGGUAUAUUGUACCCCAAAAAUUGCGGUUCUCUCCACAGGCGAUGAACUAGUUGAUCCCACAAAUACAUCUUUAAAUCGUGGCCAGAUUAGGGAUUCCAAUCGUGCCAUGAUCCUUGCUGCUGCUCAGCAACAGCAAUGUGAAAUUCUCGAUCUUGGCAUAGCCCGUGAUAAUGAAGAAGAACUUGAGAGGAUUUUUGAUACAGCAUUUUCUAGUGAAAUUGAUAUCCUAUUAACUUCAGGAGGAGUCUCAAUGGGAGACCGGGAUUUUGUGAAGCCUUUACUUCAAAAGAGAGGGAAAUUAUAUUUUCACAAGAUUUGUAUGAAACCUGGAAAGCCUCUUACGUUUGCGGAGGUUCUUCCUGAAUCAACCGAGGGCAAGGCUGAGAAUAAGAUUCUUGCUUUUGGUUUGCCUGGGAAUCCCGUGAGCUGCUUAGUGUGUUUCCAUCUCUUUGUGGUUCCUGCAAUAAGACAUCUUUCUGGAUGGACACAACCUCAUCUCCCGAGAGUACAUGCUCGUCUGAAGCAGGCCAUAAGGGCAGAUCGGGUCCGUCCGGAAUUUCAUCGCGCCACAGUAAGUUGGGAAAUCAAUCAUAGCACAGGAAUUUCAGGGUUUGUUGCUGAGAGCACGGGUCACCAACUUAGCAGCCGUCUCUUGAGUAUGAAGUCAGCAAACGCCUUAUUAGAGCUUCCGCCCACGGGCGAUUUAAUUCCUGCUGGGGCUCAAGUGGUGGCUAUAAUUGUUUCUGAUAUAAUUGGUAUUGCUGGGAAUAGCAAUUUGCCCGUGUCAAGUCCAAGAGUCUGUGUAACAAAUCAAAGUAAUAGUGGUGAAAUCGGUAAAGGCCAGCCUGAAAGUUGUGAAUAUAAAGUGGCUAUUCUUACUGUGAGCGACACUGUUGCAUCAGGAUUAGGGCCUGACCGAAGUGGUCCGCGGGCAGUAUCUGUUGUGAAUUCAUCAUCUGAAAAACUGGGUGGUGCCAAGGUUGUUUCUAGUGCUGUUGUACCAGAUGAAAUCCCAAAAAUCAAGGAAUUGUUGGAAAAAUGGAGUGAUUUUGAUAAAAUGGAUCUCAUUCUUACUCUUGGUGGUACUGGAUUCACCCCGAGAGACGUAACUCCAGAAGCUACAAAACAAGUAAUACACAAGGAGACUCCUGGUCUACUUCAUGUUAUGAUGCAAGAGAGUUUGAAGAUUACACCGUUUGCAAUGCUUUCACGCUCGGCAGCUGGAAUUAGAGGCUCAACAUUGAUAAUAAACAUGCCUGGAAAUCCAAAUGCGGUUGCUGAAUGCAUGGAGGCAUUAUUACCUGCGCUUAAGCACGCGUUAAAACAGAUUAAAGGGGACAAGCGAGAAAAACAUCCUCUUCAUGUACCUCAUUCACAGGCUGCUCCUAUUGACACUUGGGAACAUAGCUAUAAAUCGGCUUCUGGCGAAGAUCAAGAAAAGAGCUGUUCUUGUUCCCAUUAGUUACUUCUGGAGUUGAUCAAGAAGAUGGAGAUAAAAUCCUAUGAAAGAAUGGAGAACAUGGCAAGAGCCCUACGGUGCUGGUUGCUUGGGAACAAGCUUCUCUUACUGUUACAUAUGUCAAUCCUUUUUGUACCCAAAACAUUUCACCUUUGUUAUUUGUUAAUCUACCACUGUUGUAAUAACCUUUGAGAAGAAAUAAGGACAUUUGCUCCAUCAUUUUCAAAGUUUGACCUUAAGAUGGAUUUUUCUUCACAGACAAAUGUUAAUUAGCGAAGAGUUCAGAACUUCUGUAUAUACUUGGAUCAUUUUUGGCAGUUUUAUGCUAAAUCUCGAGGGUAACAGUUGUAAUCAGGUCUGUUAGUCGUAACAAACAUGUAACGAUAAUGUUUCUAGUCUCACAUUGAGCUAGUGAGCUGCAUAAGUGUCCUUAACCUUCCCAUUACAGAUAACACAAAGUUGUCCUUUCAGAGACAAC